UAAUGUAAGACGGGUCGACCGGACGUUCAAGAAAACCGUAGGGCCUAUACUAUACAUGUACUGUAUACUUCACCGUUGUUAGUACACAAAUGCCACAUACACCAUGCAUAACCAAGGGAAGUCGGACCAAGACCUUCUUACGUGGCGGAACAUCAACGUGUAAAUAAAAUUAACAACAUGGUAGAAAACUCUGUGAUCAACCAAGCGUGCAGGUGAGAUCGUGAGGGUUAGAUGUCUGAAAUUAUUCAUGGAAAUCUGAAGUUAAACCAAGAUGGAGGCAGAAGAGAACUCUUGUCUGUCGAGAUUGCCGAGACGGAGAGCCGUGCUGGUGACACUUGUCGCCAUAGCGGCGACAUUAACUCUCUUUUUUGUCAACAUGACCGGCCAAUGGGUAGGCCAGAGUGUCACUCAGCUGGCGAAAGGACCGGGGAGGAACAGAAAUCACUUCGGUGCCGCCUUCGAUGAAAUGAGAACUCAUGACAAGAAAAACAACAAGGGAGGUUUAAAUUGGCCAUCUAAAGACCCCAGGCCGGGUAGUAAAAAAUGGCAGCAUGAUAAGGACCUGUUGUUGGAAGGAGCAGAGAAAAAAGCAAACAAUCUCGUUAGUUCAGCGUCAUCUUUCACUGGAGACUUCCCAGAGAGUCCAGAUACAGGCGCACCAGACUUUGCCACUUCAUGGCGCCAGACUAUUAAAACAAACUACCAUGCUGCUGUGGACAAAACAGGAACCGUGAUACAGGGAGCCAAACGAGGUGGCCCGACCAAAUUGCCACAUUCAGACAAAACGGGUCGUAUACUUCAGGCCACCAUACGGAGUGAAAUGAAAAAAAUAGCUCAAGAAACAAGCAGUAACCGGACAAGGUCAAAAAGGAAUCUUUAUGAAUGGAAUGACAGGGAUCGUUUAGCCUACAAAAAACUUCCGCUGCGAAAUGAGACGGACACCAACCCAUGGGAGAGGAAGGAGGCUAUUAUAUUCAAUCGAGUCGGGAAAUGCGGCAGUCGCUCCGUCAUUGAUCUUCUGCGUAAACUAUCGUCAACGAAUGAUUUCAACUUCAUCUCCUCUAUUGUAUACAACGAGACUGAUAUAGGCCCAGCAAGGCAGAAACAUAUAGCUACAACUUUGGACCAAGUGAGGACUCCCUAUCUUUUCCAAAGACAUCUUCACUUCUUCAAUUUUUCUCAGUUUGGUGCAAGAGAGCCAUUGUACAUUAACAUCAUCAGAGACCCACUGGCACGCAUGGUGUCAGCCUACUACUUCAAGAGGUUCGGAGAUGGGAAAAGUAACCAGAACUUUAAAGGAACUGAGGAGGAGAAAAACAGAUCUGUCACAGAUUGCAUCUUACAGUCACACUUUGAGUGUUCAGCCAGGAGGACACAUUACAUCAUCCCAUUCUUCUGUGGGCAGGCUAAGAGAUGCAGAUAUCCGUCUCAGUGGUCGCUGGACCAAGCCAAAGAGAACGUCGAGCAACAUUUCAUUGCAGUUGGCGUGCUGGAAGAUUUGGACAACUCAUUCAGGGUAUUCGAGAAGCUACUGCCAAGAUACUUCACAGGGUCGUUGAAACUAUUUAAGGAACCAGACAAGAACCAAGUGAUCAGAAACUCCUCCACGGUGACCAAGAAGAAGGAGAAGCCGUCCCCAGAAGCUGAGGCCGUGAUGAAGGGCAGGAUGCAUUACGAGUACGAGUUCUACUUCUUCGUCAAGGCUCGAUUAGAGAAACUCAAGAUAAAGUACGGCAUUGAGGACGUCAGGUGAAAACUCCCGGUCAGUUGGUCAUUCGGCCCGUUGGUCACUCCAUCAAAAUCUGCCAAUAUCAUCCGUUAGUUUGGACCAAAUUGUUUUCUUUUAUAUUGUAUUUAUAACUAUGAUUGGUGCUUCUCUGAAACCACCAACUUGUGUGAAUUUGUUGACAUUUUAUGAAGGUACCUGUUGUGCUUAAAGGUAUUAGACUAUUUUCUUUUUAAAUUAAAAGGGACUCAAAACAGUAUAUCUUGACAGGGUAUUUCCACGUUCAUCUCCGACUUAAAUCGGGUGCAACAACAAUCAAAAUGUUGAAUUUGUAAGUUAUCAAAUGGUAUUUUUCCACGACUUUUACAGUUUUUCACAGACAUUUUGUUGUGACGAUAGUACUGUUAGUGUUAUGAAGUUUAAAAUCUGGGUUUUUCAGAUUGAAACUCAUGUUAUGUUUUUUAUCGCUGAGAUUCAAUUCUGUUUUUUGUUUGCUUUUGUUUCCAUUUUUAAAAUAUCCGUGAAAGAAAACUUCAUAACAUGGUGUCCUUAUUCGUAACUGGUUCUCUGUAGGUUUCUCUGUAUCUCUUUACAUAUAUUUACAUAUAGUUGCAUAUAUUUGCAUAUUCUUGCCAAGCUUGACUUUUGGAAUAACUUUAUAAAAAAAUCCAUCCUUUUUAAUUUAUGUAAAAAUUAUAAACGUAGACGCUUGGAGAACACCUGUCACACUUAACACAGGUGCCAACGUCCCAGUUUUCCAAUUGAUCAGGGCAGUGGGCGGCUGCUCAGUCUGGGCAGGUGGCCACUAUUUGGAGGGCUUCAUCUAAUUGGUUCCGACAUCCACCGUGCACAGGUGCCGCUUUGUCCAUACUGAUGAGAGGUUGGACGGGUCCGCUGGGGGGUAGUGACAUGGCCCCCAGUCCAUCGCGAUGUCACUUGGGUGCCUUGUACUAUCCUUGGGGGUCAACUGAGUCAAAGUCCUGUGAUGGGAACAGUUGAAGGUGAUUUAUCGCUUCCUGGUACCUCUGUCUUGAUUUCGUUGUUACCCUCUUAGACAGUACGCCUUCUGGUGUCAUGUUUUCAGUAGUCCUCGUGAGGGCGAUUUCACAAAGAGCUACGAUUGAUCUAAUUGUGUAUCCAUCUUAACUGCUCAGCAAAGUGUUUUUACAAUGCAUCUUGGUAGGAAUUCUAGUGCUGUGUGAAAUCGAGGCCAGGUGCCAUGUUUCAAUAGUCUUCCUGUUGGGAUGAGUAUGAGGCAUGUCAUGUGGUAUUUUACUUUUGUGGUACAUUUCCAUGUAGGUUAUUAACCAGCAAACCUCCUGGUGUCAAAUUUCAGUAGCCUGGGGCAUAUCAUUUGGGUACUGGUAUGGUACAAUGUGUUUCCAUUUAGGCUACUACUAGAUAGUUCUCCUGUUGUCAUGUUUCAGAAGUUUGAGGCAUACAUGUAUCAUGUGUGGCAUAUGUAAGCUACAUGUACUAGCCAGCAAGCCUACUGGUGUCAUGUUUCAGUAGCCUGAGACAUCAGUG